AUGACUACGAGCAACCCUACUUACGGUAUCUUCACAUUCGUGGAGCCCGACCUCUCCAUUCCAGCCCAUGAUCGUCCUAUGUUUGCUGCUCCAGAAACCAAGAAUAUUGUCGAAGAGAAGCUGGUUUUGCACGAUUUUCGUACUGCAACAGAUAUUGUCCGUGGUGCGAAAGGACUGGACGAGCAAGGAUUUACUUUCAUUAACCACAAGUCGUCUCUGUCCACCGAAAGCCUCUUGAACGGGACCAACAUUGAGGAUGUGGAGGACACGUAUGCCCAGGAGGCUCUCAACCUUAUGAUUGAACUUACCGGCGCUAAGCGAGGUAUCGUUCACAACGUCGUCUUCCGACGCAGACUCUCGCCAGGCGAGCCAGACCUAUCCAGCCUAUUUCCCAAGGGACCAAAUGGCAAGGCGGAAACGCCCAGCAAGAGAAUCCUAGUUCCUGCUCCACAAGGUCCGGCGCGUCAGAUGCACAUCGACCUUUCUGUGGAAGGACUCGAGCAGACCCUCCGCUACUGCCGACGGGACAUUGCAAAGUUUGCGUCCAACGUGUUGGAAGCACAGGAUCGUCUAGCAGCGGGUGAGGAGAACGUUAGAGUUCCCCGUUUCGCCGCCUACAGUGUCUGGCGCGCUCUCAGAACGGUGAAGCGUGAUCCCAUUGCCGUCUGCGAUUGGCGCAGUCUCGACAAGCAAUCCGAUCUCGUCCACACGGAGAAUCGCAAGCCUAGCGAGAUCAACUCUUGCGGCUACUACAUUGGCGGGGCCAUGGGCGGUCUACCGCCGAAGAAUCCCCAGGCGCAGCGAUGGUACUGGAUACCAAAUCAGACCCCAGAAGAGGUGACUAUCAUCAAGUUUGCCGACUCAGAAUCCCGGUUGAACCCAGCUGUGGCGGCAGGCUGCUUGCAUGGAUCGCCCGAGGUGCCUGGUACCGAGGAUGAGGAGCCGCGGUGCAGCGUCGAGACGCGCGUGUACCUUUUCUGGGAGUAG